AUGGUAUUCGGCAAAGAACACGCAGGCGAAUGGCUGGCUAAGACUCCUGUUGCAUUUAUUGGCACUAUCUCUGAUGUUUUUCGGGACUCAUCCACUCGUUCAAUACCGCCAAUAGAUUCUUAUAAACUACGAUUUCAAAAUAUUCGAACAUUGCGCGGAUCUAUUGUAGGGACAGAGUUCGAUUAUCAACAGCGUGGCCGUACAGGAAGUUGCCUACUACGAAUUAUUCAAAAUGUUGAUGGAUUAGACGCAAUAGGAGGCGAAGAAGAAGUUCGAGAACCACUGUCUGGUUCGACUUAUCUUGCAUGUACUAAUGAUGGAACUCAAGUGAAAGCACUCGUUGAAUUAGAUAACAAUACUAUUGAAUACUUACUUCAGUUAUCUAAAUUACCAUUGGGAUGGUAUAGAGAUUCAAGUGGACAAUUAGAGAGUCCGUGGCAAUAUUCUCAUGCAAAACAUGUUGAAUGGUACAAUAAUGAACGCUUUGCUACUAUUGAAAAAUGCUCAAAAUCUGGUCGACCACUACUCAGCACCACAGAUGAUAUUUCACUUUCAUGCGAGCCAGUCAAAUCUACUCAUACAAAACAAUAUCAAAAUCCUGAUGGUGAUGGUGUAUUUAAAUUAACCGUAAGCAACAAUAAUAACCAACCUGUAGAAGUUCCUGCACUAUUACGUGACAGUCGCUCGAAAAAAAUCCUUUGGGAAGAAAGUAUCUUUGUCAUUACCGAUUCCGGGAAUCAUUUCUUUCCAGCACAUGGACACGCACACGAUGUCGAACCUACUAUUCUUCAGCCACACGAAAAGAUUUCAGCUAAUCUAGAUACCUUGACUUUACAUGGGAUAUCGUGGCCCCAAGGUGGCUGGCGUUUGAGAUUGAAAUUUUGUUUGGGAAACAAAGCUUCCGAAGGAAACUAUUACUAUUUUACCGAUCAUCAUGAACCAAUUCGGAAGAAAGCAGAGAAAAAGAAGACUGCUAUUGCUGACUAA